AUGAUCAAAAUGAGGCAGAGGUAUCCGAAGCCAACACAUUUAGCCUUUCUGGACUUCAAAGUGGCUUUCGACUCUUCUCAACGAAACCAUCUUCUCGACGCGCUUCGCGCCGAUAGAGUACCGGGAAAGUUUCUUCUGUUACUUGAUAACAUGAAUCAGGGAACAACUACUGCAGUUCGAACACCAUUCAGAUGUACAACACCACUUCAGGUGGUAACUGGAGUAAGACAAAGGGCAGUGACAGGAUUCUUCCUGUUCAAUUCCGCCAUCGACGACAUCGAAGAACAGUAA